UGCUCUUAAUCUGCUCAACAUGUCUCAGGGCACCGGCAGCACGCCGGUCCUGCACGCAGCAGUCCUGCUGCUUUGCGUGUUUUCGGCUCCGCUUUGGGCCUACGUGGAUGAGCUGGAAGACACUUUGUUGGAGACCAGGCAACCAGACGACAUUUGGCUGAUUAAAUUUUACGCUCCGUGGUGUCUGUUAUGCAAGGAGCUUGAUGCGACGUGGCAUCAUGUGGGUUCUGAGCUGAAGAGCGUCGGGUCGCCGGUCAAUGUGGGGAAAUGCGACGCCAUCGCAAACAAGGGAUUGGCUAAAGAGUUCAAAGUUUACAGUUAUCCCGCCAUUGUCAUGUGGAAGAACGACGUCAAGUAUGUUCAUUCCGGACCCCGAACGAGUGACGCCAUCGUGGAUUUUGCUCACCGAGUUAGCGGUCCACUGAUUCGACCUUUGACCAGCGUGGAGCUCUUCCAAGACGCUAUGCGUCGCCACGACGUCUUGUUUGUUUAUAUCGGAGCAUCGUCGCCACUCAAAGGCGUCUACUCAUCCGUGGCUGAGCAGAUGAUCGUGUCCACCUUCUUCUUCUCCGCCAGCAGGGAAGUCCUGCCCAAGGGCACGUCGCUUCCCGCUCUUCCGGCUGUAGCGGUUUUCAAAGACGGGAGCUACCUUUGCUACGAUGAGGCUAGCGACGGCUCGCUGAUGGCUUGGGUUAAACGAGAGAAAUUCAAAAACUAUGCGCAAGUCGACAACUACAUGCUCUACCACAUGGGGGAUUCGGAGAAACUGGUCCUCUUGGCCAUGUUGGACGAUGCCCACAUGAGCCCGCAAAAUCUCAGGUACAAAAAUCUGGUCAAGAAAGUUUCACGGGACUACAAAGAUGUCUACAGCAGAAAAGUUCACUUUGGCUUCAUGGUGGGCGCCGAGUACAUCAACGGACUCAUCAUGGGCAAGCUGAACCUCCCCGCUGUCGUCCUCUUGAAUCUGUCCACUGACAGCUACUUCCUGCCGCCGGCGUCGCUGGAGACGGAACGCCACCUGCUGGAUUUUAUGGAUCAGGUUUUGAACGGCAGCAUCCAAGCUAGCGGAGGAAACGGAGUCAUUCAGCGAGUCAGACGCUUCAUUUACGAAAUCAAAGUCACGCUCUCGCCGCUGUUGACGGAGGCACCUUUGCUGUUCUUCUUCCUGUUGGGCUUCCCGUUGGCGCUUUUGAUCACGGUGUGCUUCCUGUGCUGGAAAGCCCGACAAGGGGGCCAAGACGACGAGGACGACGACGAUGGGCAGCCCGUCUCUUCUCGGAGACUAAAUGCGCAUCAAAAGUCCGACUGAAUUUUGGUAAACUUAGUGAAUCGUGACAUUCAAUGAAAAGAUUAAAAACUAGAUGAGCACAUAGAGAGAGCGGGCAACGGUGAUGCUUUGAAUUUGGCUGCUGAGGCGGAUGUCUGCUCUCUGACUGCUUCUCUAGUUAGAUGUUCAUUCAUGAAAUACCAUUAAAGCCGUUAGAACAGUGGGAAGGUUGUUGAUCUGUUUCCUUAAAGAGCAUACGACACGAGAAAAAAAGUCUUAAAUGGCAUUAUUAUGUGAAUUAGAAUCAUAUUUUGAGACGAUUUGACUAUAUACAACAAUUUAGCAAAGGACAGAUGACGAGAAAUUAGCCUUUUAAUCUGCCAGUUAGCCACGCCUACCAUUAUAGGGCUUUAGCGUCCCCAACAGGUGGAUGACGUCAGCGGUAGACUGGUCUCAUCGCUUUUACUAUUCAGCCCAUUGAGGGGGAAUUAUUCAGAACGAGGAAAACGCGACGAAGAAAGCCGCCAAAUGUCAUUGUUUCAGUCUCUCUACUCCAAUAUUUUUACAGGAUAUUCUUUUUAUCCAAGUAUUUUUCCCCAAUAGCAAUAUAAAUGGCUUGAGAAGGACCAGUCAGCCCGUCGAGGGAGAACUAUUCAGAACGAGGAAAACGCGACGAAGAGAGCAGCAAAAUGUCAUUGUUUCUGUCUCUUUACUUCAAUAUUUUUACAGGAUAUUCUUUUUAUCCAAGUAUUUUUCCCCAAUAGCUAUAUAAAUGGCUUGAGAAGGACCAGUCAGCCCGUCGAGGGGGAACUAUUCACAAUGAGGAAAACGCGACAAAGAGAGCGGCAAAAUGUCAUUGUUUCUGUCUCUUUACUUCAAUAUUUUUACAGGAUAUUCUUUUUAUCCAAGUAUUUUCCCCAAUUGCUAAAUAAAUGGCAUGGUCAUGACAAAUAACAAUCUUGUGAUGAAUGGAAUAUGAAAUAAUAAAAAUGCAUUUAUUCAGGACGACAUGGCAAAAUUACUCCAUAAUGGUCAAAA